AUGUGGCAGCGAGCUUCCCGGGCCGCGCUUGCGGCGGCUUUCCUCCUAGUCUCCAUCGCGAACGCCCUUCCUCACGGAGAUGACGACGCGAUGGACAUGGGAAUGGACAUGAGCAUGGACUCGAGCAGCAGUGAUACAACACAGGCAGCGCAAGCGGAUGCAAAUGCCGACGCGCCUCUGAGCUACUUCGCGUAUGGGAAGCACAGCGGUGCAAUUGUAGCCCACAUCGGUUUGAUGAUUGUCGCCUGGUGCUUCACUUUGCCGACAGCGGUUAUGUUCAGCAUCGCGCAUUCGCGCUUCGCGCUACCGUCGCAAUUCCUCUUCUUGGUGCUCAACGCAGUGGGGUUGCUCAUCGGAAUCAUCUAUAACAGCCAGACCCCCGAUCUGUAUGAGAACAACGCUCACCACAAGAUCGGUUGGAUCGCGACCUGGGUCAUGAGCGCGCAAGUCAUCAUGUCGUUGAUCUUCGCCUAUGCGGGUAGAGCCGAGACAGAAUCGAGCUCCUAUGAACAGGCAGCCUUUCUCCCGGUAUCGACCGACGAGAUGGCCGAAAGUCCCCAGUCAUACCCAGCCGGGAUCCGCCACUCAUACCGUUGGUCGAGGGACAGCGGACAGGGCACCGAAAGAAACUCCUCGUCUCUUCACAGUCGCCCUGGCUCCCCGUCGUGCGGCUCUCCUUCGGAUGAGUAUGACGGUUUCGAGAAGCCUGAAGACUCUCUUCCCGAAUCUUCGUCCAAACCACGCGGGUGCUUCCGCGUUCCCUUCGCCGACCGCUUCCUCGCCAGUCGUGUGCCUCGUAUGGUCUCCGGCAGAGUCGUUCGAAUUCUCUCGAUCAUCUACAAUGUGAUUGAUCGGAUCAUACUGCCGUUUGGCUUUGUCGCCAUCGCAACGGGUGGUGUCACUUACGGCGGUUUGAUGAGAGGAAACGGAAUCUUCAACGGCCUCGCGCACUUCAUCAAAGGAGGAAUCUUCUUCUGGUACGGCAUCCUGACCCUGGGUCGCAUGCUUGGCAGUUGGGCCGACCUUGGCUGGGCGUGGAACGUGAAGCCGUCCAGCACCAUUGUCGGUGGCUGGAAGGCCAAGGUUCCCACCGGUGAAUUCGUCGAAUCGUUCGUGAUCUUCCUGUAUGGUAUUACCAACGUCUUCCUGGAGCAUCUCGCUGGCUGGGGUAGCGCAUGGACUGCGACGGAUCUCGAGCAUGUGUCCAUCUCGGUCAUGUUUUUCGGCGGUGGCCUCUGCGGUAUGCUGUUCGAGUCGAGGCGCGUCAAGGGCUGGCUGAACAGUACGGUCCUGCAAUACCCUUCUCACAUGGGUGCGCACAAGUCAACCGAUACAGCUUGGCAGCUUCCCGACACCCAGGGCGUGUCGCUCAACCCCAUGCCUGCGCUGAUUAUUCUUCUGCUGGGAACGAUGAUGAGUUCUCACCACCAGGACAGCAUGGUCUCCACCAUGGUGCACAAGCAAUGGGGCAACAUGCUUGUCGGCUUCGCGCUGGCCCGUGGAAUGACGUAUAUUGUUAUGUACCUCAAGCCUCCGACUUCCUACCUUCCAUCUCGCCCCCCGACUGAGAUUGUUGCUGCGUUCUGCCUGAUGUCGGGUGGCUUGGUCUUCAUGCUUAGCACCCGGAGCGUGAUCCAGGUUCUGGAAUAUUACGACCUCGACGCGAUGUUUGUCUUCACAGUCACCAUGGGGCUGACCGCCUUCAUCAUGGCCUGCGAGAUCGUCGCCAUCUCCAUCAAGGCGUGGGCGGUGAAGCGGGAGUCUCGCCCUCGACUGCCGCCUUUCCAGUUCCCGGCAUCGGCCUGA